AUGGUGCUUUGGCUGCUGCGGCAGCUGCUUUCGUUGCUCGUGUUUCUGCCCCUGCUGUUGCUCUCUCCGCGCCAGGCUGUCCGCCCGCCGCGCCCCCAGCAAGGAGGGGGAGGAGCUCGCGCGACCUUCUGCAAGCAGGAGGCCCACUUCGACACCGUUCACCACCUGCCCGUCUUCGAGGCUGCGGCGUACCUGGACCCCAGCCUGAGAGAGAGGGAUCGGCCCCUCGAGCACGGCCUGAAGGCUAUGCGGCAGGCUGGCAGCUUGGCAGAAAUCGUAGCGUUUGCGUCUGGCUUGGAUCGAUCGCGGAUGUUGUAUCUGGCCAAGCCCGAUGAGGUGAAUCUGGGACAAGCGCGCAAGCUGAUUCCGGUGUAUCGUGACCAGCAGCGUGAUCGCAUUGUCUGGGACAGGCGCAUCAGGAACGCGGCGGAGCACGCGCUGCAGUCCUGCAGCCAGCGGCUGGUCUCGGGUCACGCGUUGCGCGAGUUCGAGCUGCAGGGCGAGUGCGCGCCAGUUUUGUUCGCCAAGGACGCGUCGGGCUUCUACCCGUCGUUCGACGCCCCCCCGGCCAAGGCGCGCACCAACGUGCUGGCGCGCAUGGUGCCAACCCACCUGCUGCGGCACACACGUGCCUAUGCGGACAGGCCCGCCGAGCUGGGCGAGCACUGCGAGAUCUGCGGGGCUAGCCAGCAGAGCGCGAUCGACUUCGCGCAGGGCGCGCACGAGGCGGUGCCGCAGGCAGGUGGGCCUGAAGGCGGGGGCGACAAGCGCGUGGCUGGAGUUGCGGAAGGUUUCGCGCUGGGCGCCGAGGUGCUGUCCGCGGGACAUAUCGGGGCGGAGAGGCUGCGGCGCGCUUGGCUGGCCCUGCGAUCCUCUGGCAUCGCGGCGGUGCACGGCAUUACGACCGACGCCCUGCUGCGGAGGACGGUGGCUAGCUGGGUGCACGUCGUGGGCUUCCGGCGUCCUGCUAUGUGCCUGCUGGACGAGGUGUUCCGCGCGCUGCCGGAGGUAACGCGCGACGACGACGCCUUCACGCUGGGAGCUGGGGCGAGGCAGGAGCUGAUGCUGCUCGCCAUGCUCGCGCCCGCGCUGGUCACCAACCUCAAGGCCAAGGUCGCCCCCAGAGUGGUGUGCAGCGACGCCUCGCACUUGAACGUCGCUGCCGUGGUCGCCGACGUGGAGCAGCCCAUCGUGCGUGAGAUCUGGCGCCAUCGGGAUCAGCGUGGCUGGUAUACCCAGUUGAACUGCAAGGAGGUGGCCUACAUCCGCGCGCACAAGCGCCUCGAGGACAGGGCCCAGCUGCAGGACAUCGACGAGGAGCUCCGCCCUGACACAAAGGUGCCCCGCUGGCACUUGCUGGAGGUGUUCGACAUUGUGGAGGUCUGCAUCGGUCAGGACGCGCCUGGGUCCAAGGCGCACGCCGCUGCUGGCCUGAGAAUGGGACCUCGGAUCGACCCGAAGACGCACCCGACGUGGGACCUGCGUUCCACGAGGACUGUCGAGUGGUUCUUGUUCUUGAUCAUGAACGAGCGGGUCGCGCAUGUCCACUACGCCCCACCUUGCAUCAUUUGUUGGUUGGCCAGGCAGCCCUGUUUGAGGUCGAGGACACAGCCGCUGGGCUUCGACGCCGCGGACGGGGCCAACCAGCUUGGUAACGUGCUAUUGUGCAAGGUGCUGUUGAUCCUCUGGACGGCGCGCAAGUACGGCGCGCGCGGGUCCUUCGAGCACCCAGCUGGGGCGCACACGUGGCACGCGCCUGCGGUGAAGACGCUGCUCGGCAAGGCUGGCUGGGGAACUCUGGAAAAACCCACGAGGCUGGGCCUGGUGCGCGCCGACUUCUUGCUGCCGCUGGCGAGGCCUUGCGAGCAUGGGCGGAAGGCCCGCAGCCGCCCUCUGCUGGGCGCUGCGCGCACUGCCCCCGCCGCCGCCUACUCCGACCAGCUGUGCGCUGUCUGGGCCGAGCUCUCGCACGCGCACCUGGCGAAGGCUGGGGGGCCCAGCGAGCCAGCACCUGCGCGCGCGGACGCAGCGGGCAGGUUGGAGCAGCCGUUCGUCAAUGAUCUGAUCCGCCGCUGCCGCUGGCGCGCCUUCUGCUGCGAUCCAUGCCCGCCGGCCGUGCGUAUCAACAGGCUGGAGAUCCGCGCGCGCAUGAGGGCCAGGUCGAGGGCGGCCAGGCAGGAGCCGUGUGCGCGGCAGCCUUUUCUGCUGGACUCCACCGUGGCGCUGGGGGCGUGCGCCAUGGGCCGUUCGGCCUCGCACGCGCUCAUCAACGCCGACCUGGAGCUGGGGCUUCCCGACGUGCUGGGCUUCGACUUCUACCCAAGCUACGACUUCGCGCCGACCCGCCUGAUCCCGGCGGACGGGCCGUCGCGCGGGCGCGCGAUCGCCCCACCUUCAGCCGCCCCGCCAACCUGUCGGGCGUUGGCCGGCGCUGGGAGCCUCGAUGAGCUGGAUCAGUGGACGCGAGUUCCUCGUCAGCGUCGGGCGGAGUCGGAGUGGCGCCGCUUGUUCGUGAAGCUGGUGCAGCUGCGGCAGCUGAAGGAGUUCGACAGCACCCUCGGCUACCCGGGCGAGGGCCCCUGGCGCGCUGCGUGGUCGUGGACAGCGUCCGCCGCAGUCAUGCUGGGGUUCGUGCUGAUGGCGAUCCCUGGCGCGCAUGGGGCUCGCAUGGCAAGCGAGGCCCCAGCGGCGCGCCCCGCAGCUCACCUUCUCCACGGGCUGCGGACGACCACCAUGACCAUCGCGGUGGCGCGCGGCCAGGUGCUCGACUCCCGCGACAGGAGCCUCAAGCUCGACACGGAGACCAUCAACGCGGAGGUGGGCGUCGAGAGGUCCCUGCGCUGGCACAGGAGCGCCGCCGGGGUCGCGGCGCAGGCGCGGCAGUUCGCGGCGCCGACGAGGCACAGGUAUGCCACGCCCCGGGGCUGGAUCGACAUGGCCGAGUGGAUCGUCCUGGCCUGCAUGCUUCGCCCUGGCGGAGCACUCGGCUUGUGCCUCGCAGGCCGCCUGCUGCCGGCGCGGCGGACGGCGGACUUGGAGGCGUGCUUCGUGCGAGCAGCUCAAGUCCAGGAGGUUGUGCAGCCAGGAGUGGCUGCAGUGGCGCUCGUGCCGAACAGGGCGCAAGCCUCGCAGGAGCUCGAAGGAGCUUCGCCGCCGCGCUGCCCGGCCUACUCGCUCGAGCCAGCCAGGGUCUCGAGCCCCAGGUCCACGCUGCGCUAUGAUGCUCAGUGUUUGGUGGUGUGGGUCUGGAAGCCUCUUUAG